GAAAAGAAAGAUUUUCACCGAUACACCGUGUAAUUUUGUUUACUGUGUAUGUAAUGAUUUUCUAUUUAAUCUCCUUUUAACAUUCCUUUUACGUGAACGUGUGUCAAUGAUGUCAAUAUAUUGAAGCGUGAAAGGACCUUUCUUUUUCUGACGUUACUAGAAUCGCGACAGAAACUAUGACAGAAUCGGUUCCAAAUCAUCUUAGAUCACUUAACAAUGAAAGUGCUACAUAUAUUAAGUUUUUAAACAGAACAGAACGUAAAAUUCACCUGUUUUGGUUGGAUUAUAAAGGUUCUCUCGUACGAUACGGUGAUAUACCGCCUGAUAGGGGAGUGUCUAUGAACACCUACGUGACACAUCCUUGGGUAGCUCGCGAUGCUGUUACAUUGUACCCCAUGAUGUUCAAUGGAAAUCAAAUAUUCUACCCUCAGACUGAAAGAAAUGGACAGAUAUUUAGUCUGAUAAAUAGAGAAAGAGUUGACAUACACAUUCCGGUGUUUCCUCUAUUCCGAAGAUGUCUAGAAGUUGUUUACCUCCACUUCAAGAGAGAAGCAAUAUCUUGGACUAAUAUACCAGCAAAUAUUAAAGACAAUCUUCUUAAAAUGUCACCGCAUACCGAGUUUAAGGAUUACAAGUAUUUCGAUUCAAUGGAAUAUGAACUGUGUGAUGUUGAUGAUGAUGUGGACGAUUUCGUUGAUGAUAAUGACGAUGGUGAAGAUAAUGACGGAAAUAAUUAAGUUUUGAUCACAUUUGAGAUUACAUUGUAUCAUGAUAUUAGAAUAAAUAAUGAAGAUAAAAUUUAUAAUUCUUUAUAAAACUAUAUUUAUAAAAAUGUUUGUUAUUUAUCGACUGAUGAAGCUAAUAAAGCGAAACAUGUAUUGAUAUUUAAAA